CUGCCUAUUCGACCAAUGCGUAAGGCAUUCGAUCGAUACUCCUGUAUAUUCUGUAGAUAUAGGGAGCAAGCGAACGAGAGCGGUUCCACUAUCACUCACUCACCGGCGCAGACAAGUGAACGUAGCUAUUUACCGCGCUUUCCAAUUUUUUACACAAGACUUCGCAGUUACAUUCAUUACCAUGGCUGAAAAAAGGACCAUUGAUUUGAAACGAUUCCAAGAAAGACUCCACAAAAUGGCUGUUACUGCGGAUGAUUUUCAAAAAGUGUGGGAGCAAUUUGAUGAAGACUCCAAUGGUUACAUUGAAGGUAAAGAGAUUGAAACAUUUCUUAGAACACUGUUAAAGGGAGACGGAGGCGGUCAAGAUGAGACUAUUUCAGACGGUCUCCUAGCAGACCUAACUAAAGAGAUUAUGGAGAAAUACGAUGCUAACUUAGACAAUAAAAUUGAGAUGUCAGAGCUUGCAGAGAUGUUGCAGCCCGAAGAGAAUUUCUUGCUGCUCUUCCGCUCAACAGCCGGUCUUAACUCUAGCAUAGAAUUUAUGGAGACAUGGCGAAAAUACGAUACUGACAAAAGCGGCUACAUCGAAUCUCAAGAACUAAGCAAAUUUCUAGAGGACGCACUUAAAAAAUGUGGCAAAGAAAUAACUCCAGAUAAAUUGCAAGAAUAUACACAAACAAUGCUAUCUUUGUAUGACUCAAACAAUGACGGGAAGUUGGAACUCAAAGAAAUGGCAAAAUUGCUACCUGUAAAGGAAAACUUCUUGAAGCGUUUUGAGACAAAAUGUGCAAAAUCGGGACCUCUUAUGCCGAGCAAAGACGGACACAAGACUCUUAGCAAGGCAGAUUUCGAAAGAGUAUUUAACCACUACGAUCGGGAUGGCAACGGUAUGAUCGAAGGCGACGAACUGAAAGGAUUCCUGAAGGAUCUUAUGGAACAUGAAGAUGAUGACAUCGACAUGCAAGGUCUUGAGGAAAACACAAAAGCAUUGCUGGACAUCUGCGACGUCAAUCGGGAUGGCAAAAUUCAGAAAGAAGAGCUUAUGUUGGUCUUGUGUUCCUAAUAUGUUUGUGAAAAAGGGAACAGUGACUCGUUCAGUACAGUAUAUGUUUGUGUUCUACUAACACUUAAUGUUUCUAUGCUUAUUCUUAUUUGUAUAAUGGGAUAGUAUUGGUCGUAUAAUAUACAAACAUAAAGGGAAAUUCUUACCAUAUAUAGGCCUAUGUACAUAUAUGGUUACUUCUUGACAAUUUCUAAUGGGAUUUUUGUGAGUACUAUAAGCGUUGAUCAUGCUUAAUAAUAUUAGCAUUGUGAUUGUAAGAAAGUUUUUGAUUACAUUAAUCUAGCCCGCCAAGAUAUUUUCCACCUUGAAAGAUGCAUCCUCGUAUAUGUAGUGAUUUCAGUUAUUUAGAAUGAUACUUUUUCUUAAUAAAGUUGUAUGAUUGCAAAGAAAUUAAUAUAUAUUAUAGUUCUUUUCUAAUAAUAUUUGAUGAUUUUCAUUUGUUUUUGAUAUUGAGAAAAAGUUAUUUUAUUGAAUUUAGAUUGUUAAGUAUAUUCUAGCAAUUAUUCAUUUUUAAUUAUGUAGUAAUGUAAACAUUAUACUUAUGCAGUAAGAUUAAUGGAAUAAAAGUUCUGGUAGGCCUACUCCAAGAUGACAAUGAACAAAAUCCCCACAGUCCAUUAAAUACAAUAAAAUUUCUGUUGUGUAUAACGCAGGCUAAGUCAAAAAAAUACAGCGAUGAAGACCUGGAAGAGAUGUGCCAAAUUUUGAUGAAACAUCUAGACUUAGACGGAGACGGUACCUUAGACUUGGUCGAACUGAAGAUGUUGUUCUGCCCACUCGGUUAAGCGUGUAAUAUUUUAGUUAAUAUGAUGAGCUGGAAUUUAGUCAAAUUUCGAACAGGUAUUGUCAAUCUCAAGAUGAGGCACCGACUCAAAACCGCCCAAUGUACAGCUCUUCUUACACAGAAGUGGGUAUACAUCAGGACACCAAUGCUAAGGAAAUUUCACUUGAUUCCCAGCUCAAUUUUAACUGAAACGGUCUGUAGGUAUUUAGUUGUAUCUUUUGGUGACACAGUAUUCGUAGUAGUAUCAAUAAGGUAAAAGGUUAAAUCACACAGUAGACUGGUAAAAUUAAGUGGAAGAUACAAUGUCAUUGGGAUUUACAUACUUUUUUCGAAUUUCAAAAACUGCAUCUUAAAAUUUGAUAUUUUAGGCUUUACCGCUUCUGAGUUUUACACUGUUUUGAGUAUUUCGAUAUAAUAUGUUUCUCAAGUUUUUAAUUCCCACUUUUUUGUAUUUUCAUGUAUCAAAGUUAGAUAGACAAUUAUUCAUAAUUAUACGUGUUGUUAUAAAAAUUCAAGAUAAUUAUAUCUAAAUUAUUUGAUCAAAUAUUGAUCUAACAACAUAAACAAGGCCACUAAUGUGCAAUACCGCUAUAUCUUAAUUCGUUUUGUCUAUAUAAAUGCUUUAUCUAAUUACAAGGCUAGUUGCACAAAAGAAUUAAGACAUGCAAAUAAUGAAUGUACCCUUCAUACUUGGUGUUUUUGUAUACGAAAUUGUAUCUAUGCGUAAGUGCUUAGCAUUCUGGAACAUGUACUACUUCGACUUAACCACAAACAACAUUACUAUAUAGUAUUAGUAGGAAAUACCUCGUUAAUCACUGCAGUAUUACCACCAUCAACAAUUAUACACAACAGAAAUGUGAGACAAUUCACAAUGUAAAGAGCAUACAGAUAAACGAAAUCAGACAAUUCACAGAAUUCAUUAAAAAAAAAACAAUGCUUACCUAAUUUGAAUGUAGAUAUAUACAUUAGUGCAUUUUAUAUAAAACUUUAGCUACUAUGUUAACAUAAAUAAGAAUUAUGUAAUUAGUAUUUGAAAAUAUAUCGUACUUAUAAUUCACGAGGGAACAAUGGACUAAACGACUGUUAAUUAAUGGCAAGGUGUCACCAGAUUUGCGUUAAAAACGCAUAAAAAUAAAUGUUGACUCGAA